AUGCCUCUCAAAGUCAUUAUUGUUGGCGCUGGUAUUGGAGGGUUAAGUGCGGCCACGGCUUUUCACCAAGCUGGGCAUCAUGUCGAGAUAUUUGAGAAGUCCCAUUUCCUUAGCGAGGUCGGCGCUGCGCUUGUCGUUGCUCCUAAUGGAGUACGAGUUCUAUCUACACUGGGAUUUUCCUUUGAGAACGCCCGUAGUAAGCCAAAGUCUACUUUUGAGCUUCGCGAUGGGAAAGACUUUGAAAGAAUUGAUAGUGUUAGUGCUACGCCUGUGGAGACAACAUUUGGGGCCCCCCUGUAUACAAUGCAGCGGGCGGACCUUCACGAGGAGCUUUUUCGAUGUGCCACUACUCCAAUUCCAGGGCUUUCGAAUGUCUCUAUACGCCUAGGGGCCAAAGUCUGCUCUGCUGAUCCCUUUGCGGGGACUGUUCAUUUGGAAGACGGAUCCAUCCAUACGGCAGACCUUAUUAUCGGUGCCGAUGGCCUUCAUUCCAUAUUGAAAUCGGGCGUACUGGAUGGGCAACCUGAUGUGCCAAUUUCUACCAGUUAUACCGCGUUCAGGUUUCAAAUUCCAACAGAUGCACUGUCUGAUGACCCCGACUUCCUCGAUUUACUUGCAAAGAAAGGGCAUGGUCCCUCAAUUCUGGCAGAUGUUUCGAAUCAUAUUACAGCAGAACAUAUGGUGUGGUAUGACUGUCAAAAUGGUGAAAUGCAGAACUUUGUGGGAAUCCAGAAUAACCUUCAAACCGAUGAUGACGAUCCAAUGCAGUCACUUCUGUCAAAGUUCAGUCACUUUCAUCCAGGACUGAUGCGGGUAAUCAGCAAAGCUCCGAAGGUGACCAAAUGGCCCCUUAAGGUUUUCCGUCCGCUGCGACGUUGGUCUCGAGGAAAGCUUCUUUUAAUUGGAGAUGCUGCACAUCCAAUGUUGCCUUUCAGUGGACAAGGUGCCAAUCAAGCCAUCGAAGAUGCUGGGGCACUUCGAAUACUAUUCCACAAUUACGUAUCACCGGACGAAAUGCCUGCUCGUUUAUCAUUGUUUGAAAAUGUGCGCAAGUUUCGCGUCUCCCGAGUACAGACGAUGUCAAGCGUACGAGUGGGGAAAGAAGAGGAGAUACAGGAAGAACUUCAAAAGUAUGCGGACCAUCCAGGCGCUGAUGUUCCAAGAACAUUUCACGAGCGUCUGGGGCAUGACUUCAGUUACGAUGUACUUGAAGUCACUGGGGCCAAACUCCGCGAGUAUGAAGUCAACCGAAAGCUCCAAGAUACCUCUUCCCAGAGACUGCCCUUCCCAGUCUCAAAUGUAUCACUGGCGGUUGCUUGGCUUCGCGAGAAUCUUUUUAGUUUUUCAAAUUCUUGGCAGGGAUAUUUCUUUGCGCCUCGGAAUGGCCAGUAA